GCCCUCCACAGACGCGUCUCGCUCUCGGGUUAAGUAGACCGCCCGACAGCCACAUCCUGCUCACCACUUUCAUCCCUAUCCACCUCCACGACCUUGCUUGCCACGUCUUCCUCUUCGCCUUCGCCUUCGCCUUUUGUCUGUUUGAUUCGCUUUCUACGCUACGCUACCAGCUAUGUCUAUCGAUAAUCUCCGCCAACGCUACGAAUCUGCAGGCCAGGGACACCUCUUCACCUUCUGGGACCAGCUCUCCGACGCCGAGCGCGAGGAGCUCGUCGCCCAGCUCGAAGCCCUCGACAUCGAGCGCGUCAACCGCAUCUUCCACAGGGCCGUCUCCGCCGAGAAGCAGUUGGCAGACAACGCCGGCAAGGAGUCCAUCGAGCCCCUCCCCGAGGACGCCGCCGACUCGGUGAUCGGCGUGCCCGAGAAGGAGAAGGAAUGGCGCGCGAUAGGCCUCGACGCCGUCGCGCGCGGCCAGGUCGGCGUCCUGCUCAUGGCCGGCGGCCAGGGCACGCGGCUGGGCAGCAGCGCGCCGAAGGGGUGCUACGACAUCGGCCUGCCCUCACACAAGUCCCUCUUCCAGUACCAGGCCGAGCGGAUCGCACGCCUGCAGACGGUCGCCGCGCAGCAUGCGGGCAGGCCCGCGGGCUCCGUCGUGAUCCCGUGGUAUGUCAUGACCAGCGGCCCGACGCGCGCAGAGACCGAGGCGUUCUUCAACAAGAACGGCUACUUCGGCCUGGACCCCGCGAACGUGGUCUUCUUCGAGCAGGGCACCCUCCCGUGCCUCACCAUGGACGGCAAGGUGCUGCUCGAGACGCGCUCGCGCGUCGCGGUCGCCCCGGACGGCAACGGCGGCCUCUACGCCGCCCUCCGCCAGCCCCUCUCGCCCGCGGACAAGGCGCACACGGUCCUCUCCGACCUCAGCAAACGCAACGUCCUCUACGUGCACUCGUACUGCGUCGACAACUGCCUCGUCAAGAUCGCCGACCCCGUCUUCCUCGGGUACUGCAUCCAGAAGCAGGCCGACUGCGCCGCCAAGGUCGUCCCCAAGGCGUACCCGACCGAGUCCGUCGGCGUCGUCGCCCGCCGCGGGGACCGCUUCUGCGUGCUCGAGUACUCGGAGAUCUCCAAGGAGCAGGCCGAGCGCCGCACGCCCGCGGGCGAGCUCGCGUUCCGCGCGGGCAACAUCGUGAACCACUUCUACACGACCGCGUUCCUGCGCUCCGUGCAGGCGUUCGAGGACGAGCUCGCGUUCCACAUCGCGCGCAAGAAGAUCCCGCACGUCGACCUGCGCUCGGGCGAGCCCGUCAGGCCCGCCAAGCCAAACGGGAUGAAGCUCGAGAUGUUCGUCUUCGACGUGUUUCCGUUUACGCGGCACUUUGCCGUGCUCGAGGUCGCGCGCGCGGAGGAGUUCAGCCCGCUCAAGAACGCGCCCGGGACGGGCUCGGACGACCCCGAGACGAGCCGCCGCGACCUGCUAGCGCAGCAUAGGCGGUUCCUGGAGGCCGCGGGUGCGACGGUGGAGGAGGGCGUGGAGAUCGAGCUCUCGCCACUCGUUACGUACGCCGGGGAGGGUCUGGAGUCCGUCAAGGGGAAGACGUUCACGAAGUCGGGCGUCGUCAGCUCUGUUGAGGAGCUGGACGCCCUCGUGUAAAAGCCCCCGCAAGAGACAGUGAUAAUACCCGCACGCAAGAAGCAUUAGAUUCGGACUGUGUACCAUCAUCGUAUAUCCCGUCGUCGCAGCUGUUGUGUCGUUCUUCACGGACUUCGUUGUUUUUUUUCCCCCUUAAAUCCACUGGGAUGCAUCUCACCUCGCAGCCUGCGCAGAGGCCCACGUUCUCCGGAAAACUAUGCUUGAUAUCAGUGGCCAUCGACCUCACGCACGCGGGGCGGAAGCCGAGAGUCUCAAAUCAGAACCGCGACGUAUGCCGAGCAUGCGAUGAGGUACAGUCUACACGUAGGAAAUCCGACUGGUCACCACAUGCUCGCCGCCGUCGCUGUCACGAGCCAUCUGCCUUGCGACUGCCGUUGACUACCUUCUGAUUCUGCCCCUCUGGCGGCCCGUCUUGUUGCUUGUGGGCCUCCUGUUUGUGCAGCGCCCCGUGUAAUGAUUGGAGAAAUUGUCGUGUUCGUUCGCUGUCGGGCUCGUGACAACAUGAUAGCAGCUUGUUAAUGAGGAUGGUUUGCUGCUCUGUCGCGUCGUCCAGCUCUUUGCGUAACUGCUUGCUCUCUUCCUCCAUCUUGUCUGCCCGGGCUUUUUCGGCGUCGGCGAGCUGCUUCUGCUCUGCCGCGCGUGCCCGCGACAACAGCACCUCGAGCUCCUUCGAGCGCACGACACACUCAAAGUGCUGUUCUCGGAGCUUGUACUGUCGCAGGAUCUCCUUCAGCCGCUCGCGGACGACUCCGUCAAAGAUGUUCUGGAGAGUCUUCCGCGCCUCUGUCGGGUCCUCCACCCACUCCUUCCUCAGCUUUGGCCUCACCGGCCGCGGCUGCCCCUCGUCCAGCUCCUCCGUCCCCGGCCCGUCCGUCAGGUCCAUCAUCUCCACCGCCAGGAUCACGUCCCCGUCCUCGAUGCCCGCCUCCUCCGGCGUCUGGUCCGGCUCGAGCGUCCUGCCCCCGUGCGAGAAGAUGAACUGCAUCGCGCCCGCACUGGGUGCGGCCCCGCUCGCGCUCCCGACGAUCGUCCCGGUGCCGUUGACGAGCGAGCUCGCGCCCUUCUUCCCUGCGGCGGCCGAGCCGGCGGACGAGACGACGUUGUUCUCCAUGCGCUCCGUCCACGCGUUGAAGAGCCGCGCGAGCUUCGUCUUGCGCGAGAUUUUGAAGUAGAGCUCGGCGCGGUACUUGCAGACGACGCGCACGACGAUGUCGGGCAUCUCGCGGUACUUGGACUCCUGGAUCUUGGCACGCUCCGCGCGCUUCGCCAUGUCCGUCUUCAUUUGCGUGAUCUCUUCUUGCGCCUCCUCGACGCACGUCGCUAGUCGUUUGCUGUCUUCCCGCAGCUUCUUGUUGUCUUUCUGCAGCUCCCGCGCGAGGUUCUCCAUCUUCGUCUUGGUUUGGUUCGCCUUCGUCAGUUGACUCUUGGCAGCAUCCUUGUCCUUCACCAGCUUCUGCUUCUCCUUCGCAUGGUCUCGCUCCAGUCGUUUAAGCUCUGCAAACAGCUCAAUGUACUUUGCAUGUAUCGCCGUCUCCGUCAUCCCCCAGACACUCUUCUGCGCCUCCUCCGCGAACCGCCGCUCCUCCUCCUCCUCGUGUACCUCCUCCUCCUCGAGCGCCGCGAUCCUGCUCUUCAACGUCUCGUACAUCUGCGACGGGUCCACGGGCUGCGGCUCCGCGGUCUUCUUCUUGCCCUUCUGCGCGGGGGGCGCAUGCGCCCCGUUCGCCGCCGUCCCGUUGGGCUGCUUCGGCGGGGCGGGUGCUGCGUUCGCGUUCGGUGCGUUGGAGUUGGCGUUUGGGGGGGCCGGCGGGGCCGCCGCGGGCGCGGGCGGGGUGGGCCCUGCGGGGACGGGCCUGCCGUGUUUCGCGGCCUGGGUGCCGUUCAUGGCGGGGGACGGGUGUCCGGCGGGGUGGGCUGCGUCCGCACGAGAGCGCGCG